GUCGCGCGCGCGCGCGUCUCAGGGAGGGCUUCUCGGCUGGCCAGGCUUGGCGAGGGGCCGGCAGGUAGCGAUGGAGGACGCGGACGGCGAUCCUGGGAGCCGACGCUGUGGCUGAAGCCGCCGGGGAAACUGGCUUCUGCGCUGAUGAUGCCAGCCGAACAGCGGCGAUGCAACGCAGCUCCCCGUGCGGAGGAAUGAAGCCGCUCGGAGAAGCGGGCCAGGGGGUUGCAGCGGCUCCGUAUAAGAUGCAGCGAGGGGCUUCCCCCUGAUUUGGGCUGCCUCGCUUGCAACGACCCGGAGGGAAAAAAAAAACUAAAGCGCAUCCCCCCCCUAUAAUGGGACCGGGCAUCGGAGGUUAUCCCGUCUCCCUGCACAGAGGGAGCCUGCAAAACCUGGUUCAUGAAAGCCACGAAGGGAGCGGAAUGGUAACUUCCAGUGGAGGAAAGAACCACUCAAGCACAAAAGAACUAAAGAAAUCAACGUUUCUGAAACCUUCUUCCAAGAAGCCAGCGAAAAACACAUCUGCUAUUGCAGAAAAGGCUCCCGUAGAGGCUACAGACAGAAAGAUAACAGCUCAAUUCAAAGAGAAAAAGCAAGUUUAUGAAGAGCAUCAACCAAACAGAGUGCCCAAGUUGAAAAGAGAACUUCUGUUUAGAAAAAGUCAUGAGGCCGGGGACAACAAAAUUCUUCCUGCAUUUAAAGAUGUCUUGUGGAGUCCUUCCAGCGGGACAGAAGGUACGACAAUUCAGAGGUUUUAUUGCAGACGAAAAGGCAAUUUGGAAAGAAACUCUGGGGAGGAGGUGGAGGAAGCAGGCCCGAGCAGUCUUUCCUGUCAAGAGGCAAUGUUUCUGGACUUCGGAUCUUUGCAAAUGAUGAAAGAGGAAGACUCUGAGGAAGACGAUGCCAGUGACCUUUCCGAUUCUGAAAGAAUUCCUAUCCCUCCAUCGCCUUGCACACCGCCAGAGCUCAAUCUGCGAGCAGAAGAGAUCGACCCGGUUUGCUUUGAAUACCACUUCGAGACGCAACGGAAGCAACCAGACUACCAUUACCCAGACUUUCUCCCACCACCUUUUAACACCUGGGACUUGAAAGGGUUGGCUGCGUUCAUCAACACCGAGUGCAAAUCAGAACCCAGGCCGGAACCGACUGGAUUUCUUGAAAAAUACGUGGAUCGUCUUUUGGAGUUGGAAUGGCUGCAAAUGCAAACCGUACAAGCCGAGAAAGGAAAGGUAAACAAAGCUCGGGCUCAGACUGCUCCUACCGUCCUCCGGUCCUUGAAAAGUUCUGGCAAAAGCAAAUUAUUGCACAGCCCUUCAGCAAAUAAACAGUUGACUCUCCCUGGAAACUUUUCAAGACUCCCCAAUGCAGGUCCCAAAAAAGAUUUUCAUGGAGAAAAAGCCAACCAGAUGACAUCCCUUGAGAGUCCGUUGAAGGCCACUGGACUCAUCCAAGGCUCAUCAGGUCAUCAGAGGAGACCAUCUGAAGCAAAGAAAGAGACCAAAAAGCGGCCUGCCCACAAGCAGCAUUUGGCCAGUAUGCCUUCUUUUGAGAUCCAGGAAUCCUCCAUGAUCCAUGGAGCUGGUAACAUGAGACCUCCCAAACCAUCUUCUUCAUUCCAUGGGUCCACUGUCCCCCUUAAGGGGUUGCCAGCCCAUAUAUGCCCAAAUCCCAAGAAUGGAAAGACGAAUAAUUACACGCCUCCCAAAAAAGCCUCGGCAGAUACCAAGCUAAAAACAAACGGACUGAAACAAACACGGUGCAAAUUUAAAUAAUGCCGGGACGGGGUUUGUUGCUUUGGUACAGCAAGGUCUGGCGGCCAUUUUCCUUGUUGCAGGAAGAAUCUAGAAUGGUGGUUCUUCAACUUUGAGGCAGACUUUCAUAGGGAGAUGCCAUCAUGUCCUCGACUUCUCAUCCUAUGUUGUCAUUGGUCCUGAAGACAAGAAUUUGGAUUCAUCUCUGCCCCAACUACACUAUUGGACAUGUAGGUUUCCUCGCCCUUGUGAUGUUUGCAAUUACAAGACACCACAGUGUGAGAUCUUUUGGUCUUCCUGGGAUUCCUUCCAUAAGCAUGUGACAACAAAACAUGCUCACAGCCCAUAUACUCGUGGCCUCUCUUUUUUAAAAGUCGUGAUGUGUGGCCAGCCAUUUUCUUUUCUCCUGUGGUAAAUUUUUGCAGUUGGUUUUUUUUUUUUAAUAGGGAAUUAUCACCUUUAAAGUUCAUUCUUCUAUGACCUACUACUUAUAUGACGUGAUGGAUCACGCUAAAUAUUGAGUGGUAAAAAUGUACAUAAGCAAGUAAGUAUAUAACUUUCUCCCAAUUCCUGUGAUUUCAACAUAUAAGAACAUUUCUCUCCCUGUGCUCAAGAGUUUCCUUUUUGAAAUUAUAUGUUUGAUCUUGUUUUGUUUAGGACGGCAUUUAUAGGCUGCGUUUCAAUCUGUACCAAGGAAUCCCAAAAUAGUUUAUUCAAGGCCUGUGUAUUGGGAAAGAUUGCUGGCUGGUAUUAUUGCAACUAGAAUAUUUUUAAUUUAGGGCUGGCCUGUGAGGGUCAAUAUAUAUUUCAGCAUUUGAUAGAACUGAAAAGAAAGAUUGUAGGAUAGAAUCAGAGGGAUAGAAUCAAGAUCACGUGAAGUGUUAAUACCACUUUAUAAUGCCACACUUGGAAUAUUGCAUUCAGCUUUGGUCGCCACGACAUAAAAAAGAUGUUGAGACUCUAGAAAGACUGCAGAGAAGAGCAACAAAGAUGAUAAGGGGACUGGAGGUUAAAACAUAUGAAGAAAGGUUGCAGGAACUGGGUAUGUCUAGUUUAAUGAAGAGAAGGACUAGUGGAGACAUGAUAGCAGUGUUCCAAUAUCUUGGGUUGCCACAAAGAAGAGGGAGUCAAGCUAUUCUUCAAAGCACCUGAGGGUAGAACAAGAAGUAAUGGGUAGAAACUAAUCAUGGGUGGAAACUAAUCAAGGAGAGAAGCAAAUAAAAAAUAAUAAUAAAAUAAUUUAGAACUAAGGAGAAAUUUUCUGACAGUUAGAACAAUUAAUAAGUGGAACAACUUGCCUGCAGAAGUUGUGAGUGCCCCAACACUGGAAAUUUUUAAGAAGAUUUUGAAUAACCAUUUGUCUGAAGUUGUAUAGGGUUUCCUGCCUGGGCAGGGGGUUGGACUAGAAGACCUCCAAGGUCCCUUCCAACUCUGUUAUUCUAUUCUAUUCUAUAAUGAGUUGAUGGUGCUUUCAAAGACUGUAUAUACCGUAUUUUUUGGAGUAUAAGACACACUUUUUUCCCCCAUAAAAGAGGGUGUAAAUUUUGUUGCAUCUUAUACACUGAAUGUAGCCCUGCCCCCCCGCCCCCCGAAAAAUGGGACACGCGGAGGCGACAAUAGGCUAUGGCAAUCCCUGCAGCCUGAAGCAGGUGAUCUUCGGGACGCUGAUUCAACCGACAAUCAGCUGCUUGUUCUAAUCAGGCUGUGCUGAAGCUGAAGCUGAAAUGGGUUGUUUGCUGCAAGGGGGCAGAUUGCUGCGAGGCAGAGGCAGAUUUUUUUUUCUUGUGCUAAUCAGCCUGUGCUGAAAAUGAAACUCAAAUAGGCUGUUUACUGUUUGCUGCAAGGAGGCAAAUUGCUGGGAGGCAGAGGCAGAUUUUUUCCCCCCUUGUUUUCCUCCCCAAAAAAGGUAGGUGUGUCUUAUAUCCUUAUACUCCGAAAAAUACGGUAGGUUUUUAGAAGACCUACUUUAUGUGGAAGGAAGGAUGCUAGAGAAUAUGGAGAAAUAAGAAAGAGUCAGGAGUAAGUAAAGGAAAGAAAGAAACUUACUUCUUGAAGACUCCAAUGAUCUUUUGCUUGGGAAUUCCGUCACUUUCAGUCUCGAUACAUGUAGUAGUAUGUACUAUGCUAGGGACUGUUCUUUGUGCCCAUGGUUCAUAGCUGAACAAAAAAUAAAUUUUCUAAUUUAUCUUCUUCCACUUUUACCACUUCAGGUGUCGAGGGUGUCUAAUUUAUCAAGACAUUAGAGAAAUUAUAGUUGAGCAAGGCAAAUAAGUGGAAGCUCUUUGCUCUGCUUAGCAGAUACAGAACCUGUCUUACAUAUAGCUUAAUUAUUUUUUUUAACUUUAUGUUCCUUCCAAAGCCUUGGGAGUUUUUAAAACAGAACCAGAGAGCUUUAUCCAAUCAAGGUCAAAGACACUCAUAAUUCCGUUUUUCCACUACUAUCAUUUUUAUUGGUUACUUAAAAUAAGGGCAUUUCCAGUCAUUGAUGUUCUCAGCAACUGUAUUUGUAACUUGAACAUUGAAUCUUUGGCUUCUGUACAGCUAUUGAACAAAGAUCAGCCCAUAUGGCCCAUCAGCAAUUUAAGUUAUCCACAAAAAUACGACAAUUAUGAAAGAAACAUGCAUAGUUGAUAUUCUGGUCAUAACACAAUCAGUGGGAAAUAGUCAUUAAAGGGAUCCCUUGAUCCAGUCGAUUAACCUCCAUGGGCAGGGAUGCCUGCAGUAAAGUAGGAAGCCCUAUUUCUUCAUUGACAUUAUUAUGUUGCUGUUGUUAGUUGUGAAGUUGUGUCUGACCCAUCACGACCUCGUGGACAAUGUUCCUCCAGGCCUUCCUGUCCCAUCCCCCGGAGUACAUUUAAGCUCACGCCGACUGCUUCAGUGACUCCAUCCAGCCACCUCAUUCUCUGUUGUUCAGUUCUGCUUUUGCCCUCAAUCUUUCCCAGCAUUAGGCUCUUCUCCAGUGACUCCUUCCUUCUCAUUAGGAGGCCAGAUCCAUCAGGAUCUGGCCUUCUAAAGAGCAGUCAGGGUUGAGCUCCUCUAGGACUGACCGGUUUGAUCUCCUUGCAGUCCAAGGAACUCGCAAGAGUCUUCUUCAGCACAAUAGUUCAAAGGCCUCAGUUCUUUGGCACUCAGCCUUUCUUAUGGUCCAAAAAAAGAAUUUGACAGUAUUAUACAAAUUCUUUCUUUUAAAGUGUCUUUUUUAAAAAAAUCUGUUUAGAUUUUUUAAAAAAAAAUUCUGGGAAUCAAGUGAACGUGAAUUAACUUCAUUGGUUACAAUGCAGUUGCUCCUGCCUAAGGAUUAGGGUAGGAGUAUCUAACCUUGGCAACUUUAAGAGUUCUGGAUUUCAAUUCCCAGAAUUCCCCUACAUGGGUGGCUGGGGAAUUCUGGGAGUUGAAGUUCACAGUUGUCUCAAAGGUGCUUUUUCAAAAGGCAACUGAACUGUUUUUCCCUUAAGGAAGAAGAAGAAGACAUUUUGCUUCUCAUCCAAGAAGCUUCAUUGAUUCUGGCAGGAUGGUGGGGCAAUGGAAGGAUUAGUUCUGAUAGGAUGGGGUGGGGGUGUUUGGAAGGAUCAUAUGCCUUUGCAGUCAUCUGGUCAUUAGCACUCUCCCUGAGAGCUCUUGAGGCCACUUGGGAGUUUAUCUGAGAAUUCUGUACUGAGAAUCUCCAGAGACAAAUCCAUAGUUCUUAAAAGUUGCCAAGUUUGGACACGCCUGGAUUAGGACUAGCCCCAAACCAACCAGUGUUUUCUUGGGUACCCUCUGCAAGUCAAAUCAGUCUACUCUUAUCAAAAGAUUAUCUCUUUCUCAUAAUGUCCAUAGUCGAUACAAUCCUAGACAGUCUCUCUAAAUCAGAGUUUUUCAACCUGGCAAUAUUCAGAUAUGUGGACUUCAAUUCCCAAAAUUCUCACCAAUGGCCGUGCUGGCUAAGGAAUUCUGGCAUUUGAAGUCCAGGCACCAAGAAAUUGCCAAGGUGCUGGAAAUUUUCUGUCUCUAUGAUUGUUUUGGUUGUCCCAACAGAAAGUUGGAAUAGAGAAGAUAUAGGUGUGUACAGCUAUAAACCUAUUGACCGAUUGCACUUUUAUCCGGAGAAAAUGCCAUAAAGGCAGGAACCAGAAAGACAAAUAAACGCCUCCCAGCUGCUUUGUGGCUACGGGAAGGUAUAAAAAAUUAUUAUUAUAUGGCAUAUUGCCAGCAUGCAAAAGAGAAUCAAAAGUGGGGGGGGGGAAAAGACAGCUGGAUUGCUUCUGCCAUUAAAACAGGAUCAUUAAGAAAAAUAUAAAAGUGAAUUUGGUUAGGUUUUUCUUUUUCUUUUUUUUGUUUCAUUUUUUUUUAAGACUCUUACUUAGGAAGAUUGGCCUGCUCCUUUCCAUACCUGCAAGAAAACAUUGAAUAUUAUAUACUGAAAAUUGGACAUUAUAAUUCUGUGCUAGCCAUUUGUCAGUAACUGCCAAUAAUAAGACCAGGGAAGAAGAGACUGUUACAAUCUUUUAAAUACUGGUAAUUUUUUUUUACUAAGUGUUAUUGAAGUGGGAUUCAGCGGACAACUUCUGCUUUUAUGGGUAGCAGCCCUGCUCUUAACCAUAAUGGCUAGUUUGAUCAUUAUAAUGAAUUAAUUCUUUCCCCUUUACUCGUAUCCCAGGGGUGAAAUGUAAAAUUUGUUACUAUUGGUUCUGUGGGCAUGGCUUGGUGGGGGGAGGGGGGGGCGGUAAUGUGACUGGGUGGAUGUGGCCAACUUUUUUUUUUUUUUUAACUUUUCAAAGCAUUUUUUCUAAUGCUUUGAAAAGCCUCUGCCGAUCAGGCAACUCAGCUGGGCUCGUCAGAGACUUUUCAAAGCAUUUUUUUUAUCACCUCUUCGGCCAAGAGGUUGCAGAAAAAAAUGCUUUGAAAAGCCUUUGACGAUCCCAGCUGAGCCGCGCGAUCAUCGGAGGCUUUUUGUUUUUACUUUUAAAAGCAUUUUUUCAUCAGAAGAGGUUGUAGAAAAAAUGCUUUUUAAAAAAAAAUAUCCUCUGAUGAUUGUGUGGCUCAGCAGGGCAUUGGGGUGGGGGGAGGAGGCACAGGGAUUUUUGCUACCAGUUUCGAAGCAUCUGAAACACUUAAAAGCAGUUCAAAACAAAGUGAAAUCCGGGGUCCUUGCUGCUCUCUGAGCUUGGUUGUUUUCUUGCAAAGGUUUUAUUACACAAACUCGGUAACCUCAUCAGUCAUUUUAGCCCUGAGCUACAACUAUUCUCCUUUAAAGUGAAAUACAUAACCCCGUUUUUGUAGGUAGCUGUAUUGAUAAGGCCCAAUUUGAAGAUCUCUGGAUCUUCCAAAAGUUUCAGUGUUUUGUAAGAACUUUGGGUAAGAAAUCUGGAGUUUUGAAGACACAGUAAAUCCAACUCAGAAGUACUCUUUGAUAGUAGUGGGAAAUUUCGCAGAGAAUGCCAGGUUGUGCAAAUAAAAACUGCCCCCUUCUUGAGAGGUUUUAUGUAGCAGCGUGGAGCGCCCAAAACUUUUAUCCCCUGGAUGACACUAUUUUGUACUUGGUAAGCAGAAUAUAAUUACAUACAAGUAAUCAAGGCAUUUUCCUAUUGUCCUUCACUGAAUCAUUCAGCUGAUGCGAUUCUUCAGUUUUUUGGAAGUUAUGAUUUAUGUGCAAAGUAAUUGAGUUAUACAUGUAAUUAAAUUGACUUUAUUAUUUGUACUGUGGUUUUAUCCCCCCACUGUCUUUAUCCAGCCAUAGCAGUGUAAACUUAGAAAUCAUGGUAUUUUGAUUUGUAAAAGCAAAUAAAAUAUAUGGAUUUGAAUGAUGUAUAAGUAGUCCUCAACUUACAACCGUUCGUUUAGCCACCAUUCAAAGUUACAGCAGCACUGGAAAAAGUGACUUAUAACUGGUCCUUGCACUUAUGAUCAUUGCAGCAUCACCAUGGGCCACAUAAUCAAAAUUUGGAUGCUUGGCAAUCUGAUGUAUUGCCAACGGUUGCAGCAUCCUGGGCAGUGGUGGGUUCCUCCCGGUUCGGCCGAGCCGGUAGCGGUGACGAUAUGAUGUCACCGAAUCGGUUCUCUCUUUUUUUAAAAAAAAAAAUUUUUUUUUUUAAAUUUGAUUUAUAUGCUGCCCUUCUCCGAAGACUCAGGGCGGCUUACAAUGUGCUCAGCAAUAGCCUUCAUCCUUUUGUAUAUUUAUACAAAGUCAGCUUAUUUCCCCCACAACUGGGUCCUCAAUUUACCUACCUUAGAAAGGAUGGAAGGCUGAGUCAACCUUGAGCCUUGGCGAGAGUCGAACCCUGCAGUAAUUGCAGGCAGCUGGUCUUAAUAACCAGCUUAAUAACAGGGUGCCUUAAACCCCUGUACUACCAAGGCUCUUUGUUCGGGAGCUGGCCCCCCCACCCCCUGCGUUAUUCUUACCUUUUAUUUGGCCCCGCCCCCAAUUUUUUGCUGCCUCCCGAGUCGCAGCUGAUCGGCUAAAAGUAAAAAAACUGUUUAAACUGUUGCUGCGCGGCUUCAAAGGGCCGCCCUACAGCUGAUCAGUGUUAAAAGACAGUGUGGUGGUAGACCAGUGCGCUCGAAAAACAAAUGGGUAGACCGGGACGCUCCAAGAACAAAUGGGUAGACAGGUACAGCUCUGCAAGCAGUUAAAAGCCUGGUAGACCAGUACCUCUGCUAAAUCCUAAAGAAUUGUCACAUGACCAUCAAGCCACGCCCACAGAACCAAUAGUAAAAAAUUUUAGAACCCACCCCUGAUCCUGGGGUCCUGUGAUCACCAUUUGCGACCUCCCCUGACGGCUUCCAAUAAGCACUGUCAGUGUGAGAAACCAGAUUUGCUUAACAACCAUGUGACUCACUUAACAACGGCAGUGAUUUUCUUAACAACAAUUUCAAAAAAGCUCAUAAAAUCAGGCCCAACGCACUUAAACAGCCACCUUGCUUAGCAGGAGAAAUUCUGGUUCCCAAUUGCGGUCAUAAGUUGAGGACUAGCUGUACUUGAUUUUUAAUACCUCAAAAAAUGAUUGAAAACUAUGCUGUUCUUUUAAACUUCAUGGAUGCUUUCGGUCAGAUUUAAACUUAGUUAUGUUAUUGAGAGAUCGAGCAACGCGUCAUUGUUCAAAAGUCACAUCAUGUUGCUAUGAUUAUCAAAAUGUUCUACGUACACAAGCAUGCGUGGUCAGAAUUUCUGAGUUUUCUCUGAAAAAAAAAUGAAUAAAUACUUUGUUCAAAACUU